GCGUGUAAAGUAUCAGAAGAAAAGGGCACUUUGGCUUAACUUAUGCUUAUUGUGGUUUAGAGCGAUAUGUGUUUUUUUGCCAAUGGUUCCCGGCUCAGCCAAUCCAGCGGUGCUGCGUGUCAAAAGAGUCCACAUCUGAAUCACUCUCAAAAUGAGUGCAAAGAAUCUCUCGCGCUUCCUGCGACGAUCAAACCUUCCAUUCUACGCUAGACAUAUACCGCACACGGGGCAACUCAUAUACACGACUCCAACAAUGAAAUCCAGCCAAAUUAUACGGAAUUUAUCUCUCUUUGCCUUGCUAGUUUUUAACCGAAUUCGGAGCUCUGGAGCUAGCGUAAAUUGUACAACGAUGACACCAAGACAACGGUUCACUCAUAUGUUAGGAGUUACCGAAAGGGGACAGUGUGCUUGUGCUAAACGGACAAUUACAUCUACUAUUCCUAUCAAGGACCCUGAGACAGAGGUAUCGAUAGAAGAGCUCCAGCUUUUGAUCAAGCAACAAGCAAUUCAGUUAUUCGACGUGCGUGAGCCUUAUGAGCUAGAGGAAUCAGGGAAGAUCCCUUUUUCUAUCAACAUUCCGUUAAGACAAGUUCCAGAAGCAUUCACCAUGAAACCAAAAGAAUUUAAGCUUAAAUAUGGAGCAAAAAAGCCAAAGAGAAAAGAUACUGAUAUAGUGUUUCACUGUAAAGCUGGGAUUAGAAGCAAGACAGCAUUAAAGGCUGUAAGAAGCAUGGGAUUCAGGAAAGCUAAGCAUUACCCCGGAGGAUUUGAUGAGUGGGAGACUUGCAUUAAGAGAGGUGGAGCUGUUUAGAAUAAUUUGAAAAUUCUUAUACCAUGAUAAUAGCUGCAUUCAUUGUUGAGCCACUGUGAAUUAAAAUCCAUUUCUUGUCUUGGUAUAGUGCGUAAGUCAAUCAUACAACUUUGACCAAUCAAUAACCUUGCUGUGUGCAGUCAAAUGGUCUGUGACGUGACAGUGAAAACAUGAAAGCCUUUGAUUGGUUUAGACAGUUGAUUGACUGCACACUAUUCCCAAAUGAGACAAGGAUUUUGGAUUUGCCAAGGUCGUGCAACAACAGAUCUGGCUAUAAAACAAAUGGAACCCUUCUGAGGAAUGGCUAAACAACAUGGAUUCUCCUUUAAGAAGCCUUCUCUAAUGUUUCACCUCCCUACCACUCCCCCAGAAUGGCUUGCCAAGUCAGACCUUUGGGAGUGCCCCUGAAUUAUCUUAUCUUGCACAAAAGAGCAAUGUUCAUAAAUUGUGAUUAUAGCACAAAUAAGGGUUUUUAUAAUUAAAUACACUUUCAUAAUUAAGAGGUUUCUCAUUUGAUAGUGAUUUGUAGGGUUUGACGUAGAUAAAAUGUGGUGAACUCAAAGGCAUAAUGGCCAUGCCAUACUUACGUAGAAUCAAAACAUCAAAACCUGUGAAAUAAAAUUAAAGCCAGGAACCAACAAACUUAAAGUCAUGUUGGAGCCAUGACUUGAACCUGAAAUCAAUGGUGAGAGGCACAGAUUGUGCAAUAUGAUGAAAGUGACCAAACCUAUCUGGGUGUUCUUGGGGUAGUUUUUCAAGAAAUAAAAGAACAAAAAAGUC